AUGUUACGAGUGCAGCCAUCUGAACAGUCUCGCAAUUUAUGGUCUAAGGUAAAGCAGCGUUCUAAGGGAAUUUCUAGCGGCAUUACGUCGGGAAUCGCAUCUGGGAUUUCCAACUUGUCGCUUCAUCAAGAGUCUGACGGUGAUAAAGAGACCGAUACGCUGGUACACAAAGCUCUGGUUAACUACUACAUUACAAGAGAUCUUCCGUUUCCUGACUGGCUUGGUGCCGAGGACCAUAAGCAUCCCAAGGGUUCAAAUGUGUUUACCAAAGCAUCGUCCACUAUUACCUCAAGAAUACUCCCAAACCAAUCACCAUCAUCAUCAAAAUCUAGACACUCAUUGACAGGAAUUUACCAAAGCGCAGAGCAGAACACCCCAUCAUCUGCAGUGAAAACCAAGCUUCUAAUCAGGCAAAAUACAAACACUCGAGUAAACGACCGUCUCAAGAGCAGAGAAAAUGCUAUAUCGACGGAGGAACACACGGAAGUUCAGCGGACCGUCAUCCAUCAUAAUAUCAACCCACCUAAUACCACUGUUUCUUCAACAUCGUCAAGACGAACUGUGUGGCGCAGAAACUGA